AUGACCGUUGGAGACGCAGCCAGCACAUUGAAAGAUGUAGGAUUGGAUGGUGAGAGAAUGGAGCAAUGUAAUGAUUCUCCGAGCAAGCGGCGCUCAUCGGCUUUAGGAGUGAAUGAUGCCUCCGUGUCCCGUGGCUUGUCAGAUUUAAUCACUUCAGUUAAUGAUACAGUUGUCGAUCCUCAAUUUCCGUACAACCCGUGGGAGCUUUCACAACUCGAUGCUGUCCCACAAAACCAGGAGAAACGUGAUAAAGGAAAAGGAGUUGAACGUGGAAGAACAUUAGAACGAGGCCCAAGAUACUGCAAUCCUCUUGAAAAGGCUGAAUCUCGACUUGGAAGAAACAAAACAACCAUCGAGGUGGAUGGCCGGCCCAUACGUAGGCGCGAUCGAAGUCAUACUCUUCAUGAUAACCCCGAUGAUCCUGCUGCAAUAUUAGAUGACCAGGUAUUAGAGCCAUUAAGAGGGAUAUCUCAGCAGGAUAGCUUUUCGGAGGUACUUAGCGGACAUGCGUCUCCAAGCAGUUUGAAUGGCUCCCUUGAGGCGAAAGAAUUAAAGAGUCGACUUCGAUCUAGGACUUCUGGAGGAAGUUCUAUAAGCUCCACUAUAUCUCCAAUCGAACCACUCACACGGACAGUUACAAAAGUUUACAGCGAAUCCUCUCCUGUUUCUCCUGAACUAACUUUACUAGUUGAAUCAUAUUCUAAUCGUCUACCUAGUAUUGUUCGAUUAGAAGAAUCUGCUCGUCAAUCAACAUCAUUCACGUUCUCGAAAUUACCAACAGAAAUCAUUCAACAAGUAUACAAUUACCUCACACCGGCUGAUUUCAAUUCAGCCAGACAUACAUGCCGAGCAUGGCUUCUUACUAGUAUGGAUCGCUCCCUUCUUGAAAACAUGAUCCGGCGUGGAGGUUGGGUGACUAGUUGUCAGCAGGAAAUCUCCGAUAGAAAAAGCUCGACUUUUCGACGUAGCUCCGAAUACGAAUGGUUCAUGAGCAAAAGAAUCUCAAGGGAAUGUGCUCUUGGUCCAGAUUGGACGGGAUCUGGAGUACCGGUAAGCCCGGAUCACUUUCCACUAGAAUCAAAGGAUUCACCUUUUUUGCAAGCUUCGACUGUGGAUUUCACAGAAGUCGCGGUCCAAUACAAGGAAACGACUCCUGCUGGAACCAUUUUCACGGUGAGUAGUUGUGGGAAGUUUGUGAUGGCUGCGAAUGGGUGUCUAGUCUAUAUAUACGAACUAAACAAAAGCCACCGCGAUGUGGAUAAUUGGUAUGAAGUUCAAGCUGGUUCUUUGCAUCCAGUCACUAGUAUCAUAUGUCCACACAGAGUAUUAGCAUGCAGUAUGGAUACUUCUUCACAUAGAUAUGCAAUUGCUGUUUUGCUUGAUGGGCGCAUGGGUCUUGUAUGUGAUAUUUCUCUCAGCAAUAUUGCUCCCCCUGUUUCUUCGAAUCCCAAGACUUCGGAUCUUUCCUCGCCUCAUUCAAGUCGGUCAGAUCUUUCACUCUCUCCAGCAAAUGAUUUUCACCAUGGUGUCUCAUUUCUCGAUCGCGUUAGCUUGGAUAGUUCGGCUCCUGUACAAAGGGCUGGAAGAUCUACAACCGCUUUUGUUUUCCCCGGAAUUGCUACAACCCGUAGUGAUGUUACUUCUCCAGGGAUUGCACAACGAUCAGAAUACCACGAAGCGCUUCGGUCUGCUAGUGCCGUGAAAGACUCAUAUCCUCGAGAAGGAAAUAGCCCCCACUCUGUUGGAGCAGGAAGUCGAUUGCGAAGCAAGCUACCAGCUCGUAGAGUCUCAAACGCGGAUGCGAGAGAAAUGCCAGUCGAAACUGGCCCACGUUCAAUAUAUCGAAAUCUUUGUUCUGAGGACGAUCCUCCACGCUCUGUGGCAAUUUGUCCUCAACGAAGAUGUGUGGCUUUUGGGUGCUCGGCUGGUAUUGAAUUGCACUGGGUUGACGCUUUGACUGGACAGGAUCUAAAUAGAUGGUUUCCACUUACUGCUCCAAGUGAUUUCUUGUUCUUUUUGCCUCCACGCAAAAGUAUAGACUCGGCGAAGAAGCUGAGGCUUAUUAGUAGUGCGGCUAGACCCAGUGAAUGUACAGCUGUACACGAAAGAUCAUAUGGAAGAAGACCACGAGGUGCUUCAUUUUGGCAAAGAAUUGGAUGGAGCGGAAGCCACGGGGACAAUAGUGAGGAAAUAGAACAUACUCAGCAGGUACUAACACCAGUGGGAAGAUUCCGUAGUGAUUCUGGUCGAAGGGUUGAUUAUUCAGAUCACUAUCGCGCUAUACCGUUAAGUGAUGGAUAUCAUAUUUUGUUUACAGAUCCAAGUACAGGAGCACUUUGUUUAGGCAGCGAUGCCCCCGUUGGAGGACCUACCAAAUUACUUCGAAAAGUUUGGUUUCAGGGACCAGAAGGCAGAGGUAGUCCAACGGUUUAUGCUGGAGGCUCUGAUCUGAGCUGGGGAGUAAGAGUCGUGGCAGCGUUUGGAAGUUGGGCAGAACAGAGCAUCUGGAUGUUUUCCGUUCCCGGAGAUGUUUUUCAGAGUUCUCAGAAUGUCUUGGAGAGCUCUGUAACCCAUAAACGAAACACUCCUAAAAAUUCUAAAAAUAUGCAAUGGCUGGACUGGUGGCCUGAUGAGGGACUUCAAGAAUGGCUCAAUCUUAUUCAGCAUCCAGUGCCUGGUAUUUUUGCGGGAAAUAUGUGGCCAGUUAGGAUAAAAGGUCAGAGAAUUGGUACAUGCUCUGGAAUAGUCGAUCUUGCGAUUGAUUCAACCAAUGGUAUCACAGUUUGGGCUUUUAGUACUGAUGGAAUUGCCAAAGUCUGGCGUUUGGACGAUGGAAAGCAUAGAGACUUCACAAAGUUAAGUGUGUCUAGAGAUGGUACCAUUCGCGAAAAUGUCCCGGACGAUUAUGCCAACGGUGAAAUGAACAGCGAUUUUCUCUCAUCAAAAAUCCUUCAACAUCGCUCACCGCUCGAACAACAAUCUUUCGAUGGAGCAAUGUCGCCAGAUUUAGAUGGUAAAAUAUCUCCCGAUAUAUCAACAAUCAUCACAGCACGAAGAGGCUCGGGCUGGAGUUAUCAAAGUGUCAAUUAUGAUGAAGAUGGUGAUGUGGUCAUGGAAGAUGUUUAUGGUCCGGGUGUCGACAUGCCGGCAGCUUGGUCGAAGCCAGAGAGAGAAUAUGAUGAGGAUGAACCGUUACAAAAUCAACAGUACCAAUAUUUACAAUCGCGCUGGCCGAGAUCGUCGAUAGGGUAUAGACGGUGGUUGGAGAGGGCUGUGGCGAGUGGGGAUUUAGCGAGAGUGGUGGAGGCGAGGGGUGUAUCGAGGAUUGAAAUUGAAAUUCGUUGA